UUGAGUUUUAUACGUGUGCUCCUCUUGUGUCUUCAGCUUCGGGUGUCCUUCAUGUACUCUCGCCCCAGUGCCAGCGCAUCGGCUGUGUAUGGGGGGCAGUUCUUUAAGACAUCCCACGAACAACAUUGUGUAACAGAUUCGUAGGACAUAAUCCAUUUCGAACAUAUUUCAGCUGGUCUAGUUUCGGGUGUUGAUAUAAAUCUGUAUCAUUUUGGCCAAAAUUUCUGUACGGACUUUCGCUACUUAAGAUCCCAAUGCCAUAUCGUCAUUCAAUAGUAUUUGUUUCAAAUAAAAUUUAGAACAAUUGCUAGUUUAUUGCUAAAUCUGGAUUAUGUGUACAUGCGUGAAAUAGCCGGUGCUGUGUUCCACCAUGUUCAUGUUUUUUGUUCAAAGUUUCCAUAAAAUUUCACGGUGUUACGUAGAUAACGUUGAAGUAACGUCUGUAUUAUAUAAGAUAAGAAGAUAGAUAAGAAAUGUUAGAUAGAUUGAAGUGUUAAAUAGAUUAAAGAGUUAUUUAUAUUGAAGAGCUAGAUAGAUUGAAGAAUGCUCAAUUAGGAAGAAUAUCGACUUAACAGGAAGAAAAAACAAACACGAGAAGAUGGAGAGAAAGCGGCAAUGAAGGAAUACAAUCUUUGAAGGGAUUCUGGAAGAUUGACGCAAUGUGUAUGUGGUUCAUUUCUCUCUGGAUUAUUCGAUGUGUGACGUUCUAGUGUGUAGUGUGUCCGUGAGUUCGUGAUUUGGAUAGUCUCGCUAUGCGUAGGACACACUACCUCGUCCCUUCACGGAACAUGGGCGCGGCACUACUGUGCUGUUAUAUGUGUCUGAGUGUGCUGCAAGUCAUUCUCCCUAUUGGACGGUGUCAGCAGACGACGGAUCACUUCACGAACGUGAGCGAUACAAUAGAUAGUUUACUCAAAGGCUAUGAUAUUCGGCUUAGACCCAGCUUUGGUGGUGCGCCUUUGAAGAUAGGAAUUGAGAUUAUCUUGGCCAGUUUUGACAGUAUCUCUGAAGUGGACAUGGACUACACCAUCACGAUGUACUUGAACCAGUACUGGCAGGACGAGAGGCUGCAGUUCAUCUACAACGACUCCCUGGACCUCGGGGAGAACAGGUCCGUCGACACCAUGACCCUGACGGGGGCGUUCGCGGAGAAGAUCUGGGUGCCGGACACCUUCUUGGCCAACGACAAAAACUCUUUCCUGCACGACAUCACAGAGAAAAACAAGAUGGUGCGUCUCUAUGGUAACGGAUCUUUGGUUUAUGGAAUGAGAUUCACAACAACCUUAGCCUGCAUGAUGGAUUUACACAACUAUCCACUCGACCACCAAGCCUGUACAGUCGAGAUAGAAAGUUACGGCUACACCAUGGACGACAUAGUCCUGUACUGGCUCAACAACCGCAACGCUGUGUCCGGGGUCGAGGACGUCUCGCUGCCGCAGUUCUCCAUCACAAACUACCAGACGAUCGACAAGGUGGAAGGACUACUUACAGGCAACUACCAGAGGUUAUCUUUGAUAUUUCAACUCCAACGAAACAUCGGCUACUUCAUCUUUCAGACAUAUCUACCCUCUAUACUGAUUGUUAUGUUAUCGUGGGUGUCCUUUUGGAUCAACCACGAGGCCACGUCAGCGAGGGUAGCAUUAGGGAUUACCACUGUACUGACCAUGACAACCAUCAGCAAUGGUGUCCGGUCAUCUCUGCCUCGUAUCUCCUACGUCAAGGCCAUUGACAUCUACCUGGUCAUGUGCUUCGUCUUCGUCUUCGCUGCCCUCCUGGAGUACGCCGCGGUCAACUACACAUACUGGGGCGCCAGGGCGAAGAGAAAAGCCAAACGGCUGCGAGAGAGGGCGACCAGCGUCAGGAAAAGGGUGGAGGAGUGUGACCCCAUGAAUAACACCAACAUGGAGUCUGUGGAACUGAAGGAAGUUCACAUGGGGUCAGGCAUCACCAAUAGCCAAAGCUUUAACCUUGAACUGGAUGACGGCGCUGCGGAUACAGCGGGAUUUAGAGUGGCCCCGUCAGUACCAAGGUCAUUCACGCAUUCGCACACAGCACCACACGGCUUCAUGCCCAGCACUGUCGUCCGCCGACGAAGUAGCGCCCACGUACCUCCGCGAAGGCGACGUCUGCUGUCGCACUUCCGGCAGAAGGCCAAGUCUAUCAAGGUGAAGAUCCCGCGGGUGCAAGACGUGAACACGAUAGACAAGUACGCUCGUCUAGUGUUUCCCCUCCUGUUUGUCAUCUUCAACACAAGCUAUUGGUCAGUUUACCUGCUGACGUAACCAAAGACGAAAAUUACGCCAUCUUUUCCAGAAUAUUUGAAUCCAAAAAAUAGAUAUUCUUCAUUUUGCAAUCUCGGCAUCUGUCCAAUGAUGGCUAGAUAACUUCAAUAGGAGUUAAGACAACUUCUUGACCAAAGAAUUGCCCUUACUUUAAAUGCAGGCUACUUUUAAUGCAACUCCAGAAUGUUCAACGAGGAAGUGAUAUUCUGCUUCUCAACGUCAUGGCUUCCAUUCAAGUGUUUAAAUAGACAUUUGUUUAAUCUUAUAUAACAAAAAAAAAUUUGCGAAAUACGGUACUUUACAAGGGAGGUAAACAAUGCUUAUCAGAGAUGAUGCAUUUUUUCUACAUUAAUGUAUGAUAUUAGAGGUAAAUUCAUCUUUGGAAGAAAAGCUGAAGCCAUUACAGUUAAAUACCGAAGUCCUAGAAUCAAAGUUGCGGUAUCAUUCCGUUACAUCCCUAUAUACAUCGGGUUUGAAGUUGGCAAGUCCCGAGCCACAACUGCUAACUGAACUUGCUGUCAACUGUUUACUGCCAAAUUGUAACAAUGCACAGGCCUUUCACAUUUAAGCAAUGAGUUGACAUUAUUUAGGGGGCUGAUAUGGCGAUUCGCUCACAAAGUUUAUGGGGAACUAAAUUUCUUGACAUCAAAGUUCGGACUAAGAGUAUCCGAGGGUAAAGCAAUAGCGUGAUGGAGACGGGGAGGAUCCCAGAUCACCUGGAUUGUAACGCUAGUAGGAUUUACAGACAUUAGGAAGACAACGUCAGAGAAUUUAAGAGAAUGCACACUGACUAACGCGAUGCGCAAUGUACUAAGUCAACCUAUGUACAUCUAGAGCUGUAUGUAAGUUAUAAAAAAAAUAUAGUUUUGAUUAUUACGAAAAUGGUGAUUCAGGCUUCAUCAACGUUGGCGGGUAUUGUUUAAAAGUCAAAAGAAACCUACUUGAUGUAUGUUCCAAAAUAUAUUUGGUCGUGCAGCUCCAGUGUUAUCUGGCAUAUUGUUUUCUAUGUCCUUCAAGACUUACUAUAGCCCUUCGAAUCGGCUGGUGAUAUAAUACUCACUUAUUUGUGUAGCCAGCCAAUGACUAUCAAGGCAAGGAUGACUUCAAUCGAAAGUGAGACUAAUUAUGGAUUCAUGGUUGCCUGAUUCUUUGAAUCCUUUGUACUGUCCCACAUCAAAGGGAACUUCUUAGUAGAUGGUGAGUUGUUGUUGUUGUUUGUUUUUUUUAUAAUUUGAAAAGUGAUAACAACAAUCUAAAAAUAAACCAAUGUGUGUAUAUGCAAACUUUUUCCUGUUGGCAAGCGACUUCCUAGAUGCUGCACACACAAAUGAUCUUGAGAACAAAAAGAGUUACACCAUAAAAGUUUCUAAUUCGCCUGUGUAUUGAUGACUUAUAUUCUGUGCUGAAUAUUAAUUCUAUUAUCGUCGUAUUAAUUAUCCCAAUGUUUAAAUUUAUGCUUAGUCAAUUCGUAAUUCCAGUUUAGAAUGUAGACUUCAUCUUGUUUCAAUAAACAUUAAUUAUUUUUUUUUUAGGUCUGGAUGUCUUAACCAUACUUUUGUAUAAAAUAUAUGACUUUAUUUUUAUUUUUUUUUUAAUUUUUGUUAAAUCCUGAAUUGCCAAAUAAUUAAUCAACAUUGGUUUAUUGAUUUUCUAAGAACAAAUUAUGUUUUGAAAAAAAAAAUAAAACAUGUUAAUAUAAGAUUUCCUGCUGUCCUAUGGUAUGGCUGCCAGGUCGUGUGGUAUGCGCUUGGACGAUGCUCUCGAGUUCAAAUCUAGCCCGCUGCCAUCAGUCCUACAGGAGGGUCCUGUCCUCUUCAUAAUACUCUUCAUGCCUGAAUGAACUUCAGAUACUUAUAAAACAAUUUUCAAGCUAGAACGGAUGCACCGGAAGGAAAUAUUUCAGCGUCUAUUAUAUAGUUCAGGGGUGGUAUUAAAGAUGAUAAGAGAAGUAAGAAAUGGAAACGAUGCAAUCUCUGCAAGCUAGAGAGAGAGGUUUAAAAAAAAUUGGUAGCUAGAUUGUUUUUAAAUCUUGAACCGAUACACCCGUCACACUCUAGCACUUGAUGUCUGUUAAAACUUCAAGUUUAAAAGCAAGAAUAUUUUUGUUAGACCCACGAAAUUAUCUAUAUCAUAUUCUUUUCUAUGUUUAUAUUUUAAAUCUUUUUUGUUUUGGUUAACAUAUGAGAUCCGAUCGAGAUUUUGUGUUUCUUAGUUGUCUGCUACUGUCUUCUGCUCUGAUACAUUUCUAUUGCUAUUAACUCCAACUACUGAUAGAUAACAUUUAGAACUACAUUCGCUUUGUUAUGUAACUUUAUGUAAUGUUCAUAAUGUUUUGUCAUAAUGUGGUUUUUAUUUGUGCCAAAAGCGCUACAAUGACUUUUUUUAUGUAUGUAAAAAUUCUACAGAGCACAUUAAAGACAUAAACAGACCAACUGUAUUGUUUGUGUUUUCAUAUUUCAAAAACUUAUUAUGCUCUUGAUUGUUAAUUUCUGUAUGCUGGCACUAGCAAACGUAUCGGUCUAUUUCUUUGUUAAAUGAUUUGUCUGUGUAUUUCUAAUUUAAUGAUAGAACCAGUGGCGUCACUAGUGUGUGCUGGGGGGGGGGGGGGGGGGUUACACCCAAGUGAACAAAAUGCACUUUUGCAAAAGCAGACAACUUUUUAAAAAAUAAUGUAUUGAUAAAUACUGAAAUAUUCUAAUUCACGUUUAUUAGUAUUCUUUAGAUCUAUAAAUAGUCUUUUUUUUUGUUUGGUACUAUUUAAUUAAAUGUUUUAAAAAUGGUCAAUGAUAUGUGCAUAGAAUGUGAAUAUUUACUUUUAUAAAAUAAAAUUGCACGUUGCGUAUAUUACAUUAUUACAUUAUUCUUGACAUAAUACAAUUCAAAUAUAAAUGUUCAAAAAUGUUACCUCGCUGUUAUUUGAUCACAUUGCUGUUUAUAUUAGAUAUUUAAUUACUUCUCUACCAUGUUUUAAGAAUAACAGAAUGGUUCACUUAAAAAAAAGACAAAGAAAAAGACUAAACGGGUCUUCAAUAGUGCUUUUAGUUUUUGAUAUGUGAAGAUGAUUAACGGACGGACUGAGAGACGGAUUGACUUCACAAAAUUAAUAUUGAAAUGGAUAAUAAAAAUUAAUAUUAUUAUUAUUACUAUUAUUAUCUCUUUUGGGGAUCGCUAGAACGCGCAAAAUUGUACUGAGUUGUUUUGUUGUGUGUAUAUGUAUUUUAGAAUAGAUAUAUAUAGAUAAGUAUACUUAGUUCUUUUUAUUAUUGUUUAUGGUUUGAUUGAAUGAUAUAUCUAUGUGUGAUAUAGUGUAUUAUUGUAUUUUUAUAGCAUGUUUUAUAGAACAUUUAUUUUCCCUUAUCCUUCACUGCGUUUAAGAAAAACUUGAAGACCUACUUUUCAUAACGCACGUUCAUUUAUUGUCAAGCUGUUCUAUGUCAUCUUCUCACAGCGCCUUGAGCCUAAGUUAUUUUUAUUUAUAGCUCUAUGGUCAUUCAAUUAUUCAUUGUUAACAACCAAAUACUGUGGAGCGAUGGCUGAGCGGUAAAGCUUUCGAACCGAGGGAUCCCGGGUUCGAAUCCUGUGAAUUUUUAAUUUCGGGAUCUUUAGUCUAAUGGGUACCUGACAUUAGUUGGGGAAAAGUAAAGGCGGUUGGUCGUUGUGCUGGCCACAUGACACCACAGAAACAGCUGCCUUAGAGAUAGAUCACAAGGUAUGAAAGUGGCACUUUAAAAAUCAUAUACAAACAUGUUCGAAAAUGUUCCACUGGACAUUCCGGCAUUAAGAAAACAACGGAAUGAUAAACAAUGUAUGAUAUCGUUUGAAGAAUUUCUUUGGGUUUUUUUUUUCCUUUUUUUUUUAUGUGUAAUGGUUUGGAAAUCCAAUGAAACGAAAUUGUAUUUGUUAUGUUUUAUUUUGUUCAUGUUACUUAAUUACUAUGAGGCUAUUAGAUGAACUAGGGUUUGGUUUCUUUACAUUGUUGUUUACAGUGAACAAAAAAAAAUUUUUUUUGGGGGGGAUGUAAGUAUUUCCUGACACCAAUGUUAACUACGGUUUCAAAACUCAUGACGCUUCUCUAAGUAGGUAAAGCGUUUUCAUGAAUAUCAGAGCAGACGUCAUCUACUUCAUUUACCUGUUCAAGGUGUGUCCAUCCGAGACCAAUCGUUACAGAAGGACUGAACACUGACCUGCGACGUCGCAGGCUAGGGGCAGUUUAGACCAAUGGCUCGUUGCCACGUCGCAGGUCGUAACGUCGGAUCUGUGACGUGGCAACGAGUUAUAGAUCUAAACUGACCACAGGUUGCGACGUCGCAGGUCAGUGUUCAGGCAUCCCAUCAUUACUUUGCGUCAUACUUGGCGUUCUCCACACUCGACCGAAACUGUACUAAUGAUCAUCCAUUAUUGAUUAAGUUUCGCUAAUAAUAAAAUUAUGUAACUGUAUUAUGGUUUGUCUUUUUUAAAUUUCCAUUUAUUGAUAAUUAUUAUUAUCAUUUCAUUUUUCGGUGAUUUUGUAAAUAAAAUAACAUGAACUUCCACGUGUCUCUCUGAAUAAAUGAAUUUUUUUUCUAACUUU